AGCCAACUUCAGUCUUAGCUCCGCGAGAAGUCGUGUCCAAUAUAUGAUUGACCUUCAUCCGUGAGGGACUGCGAUUUCCGUUCACGUUGUGACAAAUCCAGAAGGUCGAGGUUGUCUGCAGAAUCAACUCAAAACUGUCACAUUCCCGUGUUUGACGGACUGCUUUGGGACGCAGAAUUCCAUCAACUCUUACUCGAUGUAAAGAGCAAAUAUUGAACGCAAUAAGUGCGCUUCAUUCGAUGGGUUCAUAAUGUCGUUUGCCCUAUUUCUUUGAAAACGUCUGAUUAAUGAUUUCCUGUUUGGCCUUGUUUACCUUUACACCUUUUCUCUGGUGGUCGUAAACUCCUUGUASCAAAAUAUGCCAGAAAAAAAGAAGUAUUUUUCCUUAACGCCCAGCUCAUUUUAGGGAGACGAUAUUCGUCACGCUAAGCCAGUUUGACAUAAUCACCAAGGAGUUGGAUAAUCAAUGCCAUGUGUUUUUAUGGCACUCAUCCAGAAAAACGCGAUUACACGAAGGAAAAGCGUAGGCUAUGCUCACAAGGCUAGCUACGCAACCAUUCUCCAUACUUCCAGGACAGAAGGUCUUACCGUAUCCCCCAAGUGCUGUUCAUAAUAGAUAUUGGUGCAUUUCGGAGCUGACUUGAUCCCCUGGCCCUGCAGGUAACAAAAACGCAACCCCAGUCACACAAAAGAUUGCACCGGGAUGACAAACGAACAAUAAAUAAGCCGUUUAAGUCUACAGCGAAACAAUGCCAUUGGGUAUGAAGGUGUGAAAAGCAGCCAGUCCAUUGUAGUUGACCAAUCAGCGGUUAUUUAUAUCCGAUUGUGAUUUGAUCAUGACGUGCUGUGAUUGGCUGACGCCUUGCGAAUGAUUAAAAUGUUGUCACUGGGGCUUGUUGUGAACGUAACACACGUGCUGGUCUUCCGCGAAGACUGACAUUGGCCAUUGUCUUGGAGAGUUUUGGCGCGAUUCGUUCUACCAGGGUUUUAUGCAGUCAUAUAUUACGGGUACUUAGUAAAUACGACACCGUUCAACAAAUGUGAUCACCGACGAGUUGGAGGCAGCUACUACAGGUCGGAUUUAUUAAUGGAAACGCUAGAUUUAGUGUGGAAAUGCAGUAGGUUCGGUUUUACUACGUUCAGCGUCACACGUGGUAAAUAAUUUGAAGAAUGGAUGGGGAACCUAAUGACUUAACAGACAAAUCCACAGAGAAGAACUCAGUCACGUAUCGAAGGAAAUGCAUUUGUGGAAGAUCAUCGAUUGUUGCUAUCAACCUUAGUUACAUUUCGAGUGUGGUAAAUCUUGUGUUUAUAGCUCUAUUUGUGCUGCUCUUCUUAAGACUUGAAAAUGUUAAAACAAGAUUAUCAAAAUUGGAAAACCAAGCGGAUUUCUCGAGCUCGGGAAUAAGGAYGGGAGCUUCGAGACAACACUUUGAAUCCAGUAAUGGAAAUUCUGGAGAAAACUUCACACUUAAAAAUUCGACUCCUAAGGUCUUGUUGCCCUCAAAACAGAGUCCGUAUCCCACACAAGAAACAGCUACAAGCGAACCUACAUCGCAGAGUAAACCACCAAACACUUGGCGGCGGAGGACAGAAUACCCAAAGCCGACCAAGCCAACGAAAGCUGUGAAGAAGAAGUUGAAAAGAUUGAUUCAAAAGACUUUUAAUAGACUUCGAUCGCAGCUCUGCACGUGCCAACCAGGUCCUAAGGGCAAAAGAGGAAAGCAGGGAAUACAGGGACCACCUGGUCAUGCAGGAAUGCCAGGUCAGAGAGGGCUUGAUGGACCUCAAGGUCCUGAAGGCUUAAAAGGUGAUCCAGGACCUCCAGGACCAAAAGGAAAUAGAGGAAUAAAAGGUGAUCCUGGCCCGCCAGGAAAGAGGGGUCCAAGAGGUGAAAAAGGGGAUCAAGGAAUUCAAGGACCAAUGGGACCCAAAGGAGAAAAGGGAGAUCGUGGUGGACCUGAGCCAUUACCCAGACCAUCAGGGCAUUUCACUGGUUACACCAAAUCAUCACGCAAUCAGCCAAGAACAGGUAAAAGUAGCAUCUUGAAUCACUGGGAUCAUAACAUGGGUCGCGCACACUCAUUUGGAGGAAUCACCUAUCAAAAUGGUGCAUUAGUCAUCCCCAAGGUUGGUCGCUACUAUGUAUAUAGUCAGCUAUAUUUCCAAGCAGAGGACAACAAACCACAUUUGAUACACUACGUACACCUAACCUCAAAUAAUAGCACAACUGUGAUCAUGAGAAGUGUAACAUCAAGAUGUCCUGUCAAGAAGACUAAAACACAUCUUUUCAGUAGCUACCAGGGUGGAGUCUUUGAACUCAAUGCAGGAGAUAAAUUAUCAGUGGGUGUAUCCGAAGGUCACUCUAGUGCUGUAUCAAUGGAAGAAUCUGCAAGCUUCUUUGGUGCSUUCAUGAUCUAACAAAGGAUUCCACAUUAUUGAUGCAGUUUUAGUGCAUCAAUAAAUUUUUAAUUUGGGGAGCACAUUCUUGUAGUUAUUCCCAAUUGUCAAAUUGUGAAAUUUCCUAGGAAGAUACUUCAAGGUCUUACCGCCAUUGUACCGGUGAAAGUCCUCAAUUUUGGUUUUUGUCCAAAGUUGUAAAUAUAUAAGGUUUGUGCCUCGAUUUGAGGUUUUAGAGAGAUUGGUGCUGAGACAGUUCAAGUGACUAAAGCCAUUACAAAAAGGUUGAUAACCUUCUGYAAAAAACUCCAUUUAUUCAUAUGCCAGUAGAGAGAAAAAUGUUCAUAAAAACGAAGAACUACCCUCGGUAAACCUCACAUGAUCCAUAAUGCAUUUUKACGUUGAUAAGCAACUAACGACACAGUUUUUGUCAAWCCUUUUGAAAAUGACUUUAUCAUUCCUUGCUUGGAAGUGUUUUUGCACCAAUUCCUUAGUUAUAGAUAAAUAAAUUUACUGAAGGAACGGGGUUUCAGGUGUAAUUUUGUGUACAGUAUUAAAACAUUUCACAUAAGUAUUCUCACUUUCGCACCAAACAAUUCUAAUGCACACAUAUUUUUCUUUUUUUUUCUGUUUUCAAGAAAAAAUGCAUUUGCAACCUAUGAMUCUAAAAUGCAGAAUUUGUUCAGUCAAAACUCAGGCUAAGGAGUUGAUAUGAAAUAUUCUCGUGUUUUUGUGUUCUAAAUAAAAAACUGUACGCAAAGUUUCACAUUGUUUCCGUAUUUUUUUAAGCAAAAUAUCUAGAUCUUUCUUGGCGAAUUAAAAAUUUUCCAAGUAAAUCGUUAAAUCAAUUUGUACAUUAACAUAGGRAGAGGCAUUCCUAUUCAACAAAUCUUAUAAUCUUAAUAAUAGUCRGUGUUUAUUCAGGUAUAGAUUUGGUAUACUGUACUGUGAAUAGUUGUGUUGUAGCGUUUUUACGAAAUACAAUUAGAAACUAAUCUUAACCACUUGUAAAUGUUAUUUUUAUAGUUGUAUACUAGUUUUUAUAAUCAUUUUAUAGUACUAAUUUUAUCAUGUAACAGAGUAAAGGAGAGAUGUAUUGUAGAUUUUMUACAAAUCGCGUUCCUAAACCAAUUGAAGGUCUAUUUUAAAUUCAAAGCGAUGCUUUGGUGUAACGUGAAAAUCAACGUGGRUGGACGUUGCCCUUUUCACAAKGAGUUUUAUUGGAARCGUUCUAUUUGGAAACAAAAACCAAUGAAUUUUAAGCUCAAAAAUGACUUGCGAAAUGGAUUGAUCAUUGUAGAAACGCACAAUACAUCUCUAUAUCUUUGUUUAAUAACUGACAAGCUUUCUAAUAAGAUUGCACUUAAAUAACCAAGAAAAUUAUAAGCACGCUAACGUUCAUAAGAGAAAUUUCUCUUGAUUCAAGUUUGUGUCUCCAGUUCCUCAAAGCGUCCCAUAAUUCAUUGUGAGUCUGCAAAGCUUAUUGCACCAUUAGCUAGUGUAUAGAUUGGUAGAACUUUAGAUCUCGAAUUUAUCAUGUUUAUCCAAACUGGAAUGUAUUAAUGUCAAGCUUGCGUCUGGUCGAGAGAGAGUAACAUUAUUUUAAGUGUACAGUGAGCUGAGGUAAACUUGUCUGUUAUAACCGUUUUUUGAAAACAUGUUGUGAGGAAAAGUUUACGCCACAAAGCGUAGUGUACUGGUUCACAAAAGUCUUUUUUUGAAACUAAAGAAUAACAAUAGAUUGGUAYACCUUGCAACUUUUCAUUGCUCCGUUUCUUUAUUCCCGGUGCCACAACACAUAAUUAGGUUCUUGUCUGCUGUUUAAUUGAUUCUUGUCGGUUUURAAUAUAUAAACGUCCUUGAAUAGUCAAGUUCGAAUUCAUUCUUGUUUGAUCAAAUUGGUGGCCAAUCUAAAUUUUCUACAUAAAGAAAUGUAGACAGAUACGGCUAUGUUUGACAGAAAUAAUGGUUCCAUAACAAGGCAUGUWUACCUUAGCUCAGUAUAUAUCAUAACUUAACUUCAACAAUUGAAGGCUUAGAAUUCAAUUUUAGCUUUGAGAAAACUUGAUUUUUUUCAUUGCUUCAUUGUGUUUUAAAACAUCUAAGAGAUGAGUUCUUUGGUUUUCAGUGACUAAUAUACAUUUAAUAUUUCUGUUUAAUAGUCCAUUAGUUUUCGUAUUUGUUAUUAACAAACCUAAUCGAUGUAUUUGGUAAAUUAAUUAUUAACCAAUCAUUAAUCAUUUUGAUAUAAUCAACCAUUAAUCGUUGUAGCUAGCUUUCAUUUUGUACCCUAGCUGGAAUCAUUGUUUUAUUUCCAUUAUCAAAUAUGAAUUAAUCUCAAGAAGGCUAUUGUCUUUCAAGAGAAAAUAUGCAUGCAUCAAUCAUUAAUAGUAUGUAGUAUCAUUCUUGUAAUUACAUGUAGUAGUCGCUAUUGUCCAUCGCUGUAUCGUUGUUGUUCGCUCAACAUUGCUCAAAUUAACAGAUUUUCUUCCACGUCCGAUAUAUCUCUAACUAAAGUUUCAAACUUUCAUUUGUUUUUCAACUCUUGACGGAUGAGCAAUUAAGCUAAAUUCCAAAUGAAAGCUUGAAAAUUUGGUGGUGAUGUAAGGGUUCGUCGAAGUAAUAUCGAGACUUAACAACUCAAAUUAAGUAGUCUGCUUACAUGUGCAUUUUCAUUCUGUGUCCAUGACCAACGUUUUCGGAGCAUUUUCUGUUUUGAUUGAGAACGCUACGAAAACGACUAAAUAAGACUGCAUUUCAUCGAAUGUGAAGCUUUAACAAGCUAUAAAAUAUAGAAAGUAAAUAUGUAUAUGUAAGGAGCUAUUUUUGUUAAAGAAUUUAGAAUUGUAGUUUUAUAAUGAUAUAUUUUUGUACUACAAUUUCAUGUUAGUUUUACAAACAUUGCUGUACAUCGCCAAAAUCUUAUUUGUUUGUUAGUAAUUUCAAAGUACAAAAUUAAAAUGUAAGUUUUCUAGAGCUAGCCGUGCACUGAUAGACCUGUUAUUUAUUUUUAGCGCAAUGUUUGUUGUUGUUGUUGUUGUUGUUAUCGUUGGGGUGUCACACUUAAUCCAAAUGUCACUUGAGGAGCCUAAAGCUCAAUCGCCCGCCUGCGAAGUAUUCUGGGAUGUCUCAGGAUCGAAACUCGAUUAUGUCGUUAAACUUCUCAGCGGUUGGACAAUUAAGAUUUAGGCUUACGCAACAACAAUUGUUAAUUGAAUUAGCUACAUUUUCCCAAUAAACUAUAAGUUUUUGUAUCUUCGUCUAUGGCAGCCAUGUUGAAUUACGAUCAGGCCCUUGUGGCUUCGAUAUGUUUUACUAAAAAGUUCCCUUUUUACGUUA